UUUCUGGUUUGCCUGAAAUGCCCAGCAACCUGUUUUUGUGGGUUCCCAGGUCAAGACUGUAGGUUUGUGGAUUUUUUCUAAAAUAGAGAUGUUAUUAAUAUAAUAAUAUAUGAUCUCUUUAAUCUCUUUAAUGACGAAAAAUUACAUGACUGAUGCCAUCGUGAUCAAACAUGACUCGUAAGAUUAUUCUUUUGAUUUGGGUAUUGUGAAGUGGAAAAAAUGAUUUUUCAUGGACCAAGUUGGAGAUAAAAAGUGAAGAACUUGGAUGAAGAAGUGUAUCAAACCUAGGGCUAAAAACACAAAGAAGAAGAGCAACAUACUGCGUGGGCCUUGUGUUGCUUUCUGCAUGCAUCAUAGUUUUGUUGGGUUUACCAUUUGGAGAGUCCAUUUGGUUGGGAAAAUUAAUAGAUUAUGAUUGAUUGUUUGGGGAAGAUCAAAUGGAGGCACAAGGAAAUAUGAUGGGAUACCCCCAAAGCCCAAGCAUUAUUUUCUCGGAAAGUACUUUGAUUUUCCUUCCAAGCAAACGAGGGACCCUUCCAGCUCAAACCGGCAAAACCCACCUACCAUUUCCCAGUGCACACAGGAACAAGGCCCCAUUCGUAGUAAUGAUCGUUCGUCCCCUUGAGCCCAGGGCCUAUGGAUUCACUACAUACGUCCAAACCCAAAUUCCAGAUCAGUUUCUCUCUCUCCAUAUCUACCGCCGCAUCGUAACUCUAAAAUCUUAUUUUAGGGUUUUGCAGCUUGAAAUUGCCCAGGAGGCACCGACAGUUGGUUCUAUAAAUCGCGAACUUCUUAGGGUUUUGAGGAUGUGAUGGGAUCGGGCUCUCUGAAUCGGUAUGAUAUCUAGGGCUAGGACUCAAUUUCGAAUCCCAAUUCCGGAUCUCCGUGAUUCCGGGUUGAGAUUGAACUCAAGCGAUGCUGCUUUUAUAGCCAUUUGCUCGAGCUGUAAAUAGUUGAGCUUUUAGGGGGAUUCAUUCAGCAAUAUCUGAUUGAGUGAUGAUCUCAGUGUAAGUUUGAUUUUAGGUCAUCUAAAUUGUAAAUGAUACUGGGUUUAUAGCCAUUUUGUUGAUAAAGCCUCGAUUUCCAUUGCAUAAUUGAUAAGAUCGAUGGGCGUUGAGCUACCAUCAAGACUGUAUAUGAUACUUGGCUUUUAGCCAUUUACCUCAUAAGCCUUGAUUUGCAGCUUUUAAUUGGUGAAGUGUCAGCUUUUAAUUGGUGAAGUGUUAAGGAUUUGAGCUACCAAUUGGUUUGUUUGAUCUGACGAGUUUUAGGCUGAUUGAAACCCUUCUCCUUGAUCUGGGCUCGGAACUGGCAGCAAGUAGGAAUCCACAGGCGAAGUUUAGCUACCAAUUGGUCAUCUUGAUAAAAUCGGUGCCACUUUUUAUCAAUGGGUUCAUCAGGGUUCUUCAUAAUCUGUAUGCUCCAUUCAGCCGUUACUGUGAGCUGUGGUGCUUUGAUAAUGUUCUAUCUCAAAGAAAUUUCUGUACUUGGUCAUGGCACUGAAACCGCUCGAAAGCUCAUGGGAUCCACGCCGCACGAUCAGUUGUUGAUACAAAUCUCAGAUUCAUUCGCCGGGUUGCUUCUCUUUGUGAUUGGAUUUUUACUCUUCAUGGUGGCUUUUGUCAAGGACAGGGAGUUUCAGAGUUUCUUUGCCAAAGGUUGCAUUCUUCUACACGUCUCAAUGGCUCUCUGGAGAGUUUAUUUCGAGAGGCGAUUAGAAGAUUUGGCUCAUGAUUGGCCAAGGCAAUUGAUUGGUGAUGUUGUGUUGGCACUUUCAUGGGUUUUCUUUCUAAUUUGUUCCUGGAGGGAGAUGUAUGAUUAAUGUGAAAGGAAGUGUAAUUGACCGCCGUGGCUGAAUCACAUUGUCCUUGAAGCUGUGGAUUGCAGAUCUGUAGCUUAAUUGCGCUCAAUGCAAUUCUAGUUGCAUAAAUUCCAUUAAAAUAAUUGAGUAUUAUGUGGAUUUCCAUAUUGGGUGUUUCAUUUUCUUAAAAAUUUGGGAUGAUACUCAAGCUUCUAGGAACCGGAUGACAGACAAUAUGAUCUUGUAAUGUCCAGUCGUGCUUCAUGCUGAGAGGUGAUGAUUUCCUCAUUAUUUGUGAUGGUAUUUGCCAAUUUCUGAUCAUGCUUCAUGCAGAGGGGUGGCAAUUUUUUCAGUAACUGUAAUGUAAAACCCUAUGCAAAAUGUUCAUUUGUAAUGUAUGACAAAUUGGAAGAUGAAAUUAAUGCAUUUAGAAACAAUUAUUCUGUACACAUGCUGACUUAGACUCAUUUAGAAUGAGGAAUGCUACUACUCAAAAAUGAUAGUAUAUCUCAUCUUGCCCUAUUUUUUUCAUGGAAAAGGAUAAACUGACUUGCUUAUUGUCCUGUGUAGCUCUGGCUCUCAUGGUCACAGAUGAUUACUUAUUCCUUGAUUGGCAUGCCUUCCGUGUUUAAUUGUUAGAGAACCUGUACUUUGAUUCCUUUGUGCAUUGUUGCCGAAGCAGAUUUUGUUCACUGCUUCUGAUCUUCAAUCAGUGCAUUGAACUGUGUUGCAAAACUGAGGUUGGAUUAGAGAUGCCUUGAGCUCUUACCCAUUGCAUCUUUCUACGGAUGAGACUUCAUAUUUUCAACCAUUUCAAAAAUACAUACUAUGAAAGACUUGGUUUGGGAAGAUUGUUGUGAUUCUUGUCCUGAUUACAUCUUAUUCCAUCAGGUAUAAUUGAUCUUCUGCUUCUUAUUCCCCAAAAAUUUCAUGUUUGAUCCAGUUAUUCGCGACAAGGGCUUAGGCAACUUUGAAGCGUAUGAUGAUUGAUAGAGUCAUUGCUCUUUGAUUGUAAAUUCCUGUUUUCAACGCAAUAGAUUUAAUGGUUAGCAUCGGCUGAGCUUCCCCGAUUAGAAUGGUUCCGAAUGAACAUCCCUUCUGCAUCGGUAAGUUACAGGAAGCAAUGAAGUACUCUUUCCCAGCAUCUUCUUAAAGAAAUGAACUGCUUCUCUGCAAGCAAGACCAUGCUUGCAACAGUUUUCUGAACAGAAAAUAAUACAAAGCUAUGUUGAUUUCACGUGAGAGCUCAGCUGUUAGCUGCUUGGGGACUGAAUUUCUUAUUCACAACCAUGAAGGAAAUAAUACAAAGCUGGAGGCCAUUAUCUUUUGUGUGGAAGGAAGGUAGCAUUAGCAAUAAGCAUUCUUCUUUUAUUAAUUUCCAUGUCUUCCGGCCUGUCUCCGUAUGCCUAUGGUGGGCCUCCAUGUGAGUGAAUUAUGAUAUUAGGGUUUAUCAUUGGUAGGAAUCUCUUUAUUUGCUGUAAUAUUUAUUAUAUCUACUAUCUUGGUAGAGAUUAUCAUUGGUAGGAUACUAAUCUUUAUGAAUAUUAAUGCUCAUUUAUUGUUUAAA